CGGUCGCCAUUCUCCAUUGCAGCCAAAGCUGCUUUGAUUUUCAGCUUGCUCUCUCGCCGCCGUCUGCCAUGGCCAAGAGAACCAAGAAGGUUGGGAUUGUCGGCAAAUACGGCACCCGAUAUGGUGCUAGUUUGAGGAAGCAGAUCAAGAAGAUGGAGGUGAGCCAGCACAGGAAGUACUUCUGCGAGUUCUGCGGCAAGGAUGCUGUCAAGAGAAAGGCCGUCGGUAUCUGGGGAUGCAAGGAUUGCGGCAAGGUGAAAGCAGGAGGUGCUUACACCAUGAACACCGCCAGUGCUGUGACCGUGAGGAGCACCAUCCGACGUUUGAGGGAGCAGACCGAGAGUUAGAUGUCUUGUUUGAAUCGUAACCUCGUUCUGUUACUGUUAUGGGAUUUUGAUUUCGUUGUAUUAGUUGAGAACAAUGUCGUUUCCGUUCUGGUUUGUUUACUUUAGAACGUUGUAGGACCUAAUGAAAGCUGGUUUUUUGGGUACUGUUUUAAGAGAUAUUGAUCAUUGUAGACACCACCUAGUUGGUUCCUCCUUAUGUAGUGUUUUACUGCAAAUUUGGCUAUACAAUACUCAUUUUCGUGGCUGAUGCUCUAUUUGAUUUCCAUCCAUAUUUCUCAAGUAUGGUUGCACUUGCAUCUGCUGCAAUAAUGAUAUGUGGAUGGUGUGGGAGGGUAGGGGGAGCUAAUUGCUAAUACACAAACACUGUUAUGGUGUUUAAGUGGUUCGCUGUAAGCCUGUAACGGACUCUAUCCAUCAACAUUUUACGCGUAAAAUCGAUGUUUGUGAAACCAUGUCGAAGAUCGUAAAAUUGAUGUGUGUGAGUGUGACAACGUCACCUAAUGGGUUAGCUUCUUGCCCUAAGCAUUUUCUAUUUCCUCUCUUAUGAUUCGCGGGACAACGUCACCUCCCUUCGGAGCGGGCCCGCUCGAUCCGACCCGCUGCGUUCCGGAUCAUAGGCACCCGUAUAUAUGUCAGGUUGCCAUUUGUUUACGAAUCAAAUUAACAGACAAAUCCCCCGCUAAGCAUUUCUCUACACUGACAAUUUCCCUUUUCCUCUUCCAUUUCCAUCGCCGCUCUCUCCAUUCAAUUUCUCCUCCGAUUUCCUCUCCGCAGCGAGCGCAGCCCCGCCUUCGUCUCUCUCUCGUUUUCUCAGGUACUCUCUCUGCUUUCUGUCUGUUAGGGCUGCAAUUUAGGGCCGUCUUCAACUAGUUCAACUUCCGCCGGAGAGCUGCAAUUUAGGGCUGAGUUGUUGCGGCUCUCUGAUUCGCCGCUUCUUCUCCCGUGUUUCAGUUCCCGGUUCUCCUCUAUCCGGAUCGCCAUCCCAAGCUUUCCGGAUUCCACUUCGUCCCUGCCGUGAGAGAUCCACCCGUCGUGCGUGCAUUUACUUCCCAGUCGCCGUCCGGAUUUCUCGAGGUAGUUUCCUGCUCCUUUCGGUUUUCGCAGUUUUUCCGAUUGCUUGCGAGAUCUUAAUAGUAAGUAGAGCGUUGAAUUGUUUCCUGAUCUGUAUAGCAAAAAUUGAAUUCGUCUUUCUCGCGUUUGUUUGUUUGUUUGGUGCAGUGAAUCGUGACGAGUUUCUUCUGAUAGCCUAUCUCGGUCGCUGCGAUGGUUUCAUUUGAGAUGAACGAUCGCAAGAGUGAGUUGAAACCUUACAUUUGUUCAUUUUCUUCGUGAUUUAGAACUGCAGCAGUUUAUGAAUCGUCUAGGAGUUGGAAUGAAGAUGAAUUCUACGUUCAUAGUGUUGAUUAUUAUGAGUCAAGGAUGAUUGCGAAGCUGUGUGGCUAGGUUCCCUGUAAAGAGCCAUAUGACGUCUAUUGAGUAGUUGGCCAUUUGUUUUCUCACUGCUUAUUGCUUAAUGAAGUAGCUCAUGACCCUCCCACUGUAAAAUGCGUUGGUACAAUUGGUUACGGGAAAACAGUUUGUUGAACGGUUUGCUUCUUUAUAUGAGCUCCUGUUUGUUUCCAAGUUAGGCUUCACUUGCUUGACACAUAAAUGGAUUAUCCGAAGUCAUGACGGGACUAAAAAGAACAGAGGUAGUGUAUGUUAUAGAAGGGAACUACCUGUUUAUAGCUUCUGCAGGGUAAUCAUUGAUCUUUGUAGUGAAUUGGCCAACUAACUCUUGCCAUUUGUCAGUCUCUGCUAUAGAUGUUAGGGAAAAAGUGGAAGUCCUUCAUUUGUGCACUAAGUGCGGCUGUGCCUCCAAUUCCUUGUUUUCCUGGGUGAUGCAGAAAUUGGGCUAGGAUUGACAGGAUUUGGCGUCUUUUUCUCCAUUCUGGGAAUCAUCUUCUUCUUUGACAAGGGACUACUUGCCAUGGGAAAUGUAUGUGAUUCUAAUAUUGCAAGUAUCUUCUUCUGUUCCACUUUCUCACAAUAUUAUACAUAUUUAACAUUGACUUGUUUUGCUGUGCCUUUUGGUCAGAUCCUCUUCAUCUCAGGAGUGAGUCUCACUAUUGGACCAAAGUCGACCAUGCAAUUUUUCAUGAAACGCCAAAACUAUAAGGUGAAACUUCCUUUCUCCUUUUUCACUUGCUUGCCCCAUGUGUAAGCCUCAUUUCGGUGUCAUUUAUGACUACUUAUACUAUGCUGAUUCCCAUGCAAUCACUAUAAGAGCUAGUGAUGUGAACUGUUUGUCUUCCUUGUGGACUAAUGCUUUCUGGUUUGAUGGUCAUACAGGGAACUAUCUCAUUCGGUUCAGGUUUCUUCUUUGUUGUGAUUGGAUGGCCUAUUAUUGGUAUGAUUUUGGAGGCAUAUGGGUUUGUUGUGCUCUUCAGGUAAUUUGAUUCUUCAUUUCUUUGUAUAGGCGAUGUAAUGGAUAAUUGUACACUGUUGAAGAUGCUGAUGGAAAUCUUUGUGCAGCGGCUUCUGGCCAACACUAGCAGUUUUCUUGCAGAGGAUACCUAUUCUUGGGUGGGUACUGCAACAACCAGCAAUCAGAUCGGUAUGUGGUUUUCCCCCAAUUUAGACAUUUCAGCUCACUUUUCGAUUAGCUUCUGUGAUGGAUACCCUCUCCCAUUGCUUGGACCUUUAGACUCAGGAUAAGGUGUGGCUCUUUGAAUUCAUUGUACCUGUCUUUAUUGUCCAAUGCAAACAGGUUUAUCAUCGACAGUGAUUAGAUAAAUACAUCAGACAUUUAGACCGACCUCUAUAACUUUGUAUAAAUUUUUGUUCUGAUGUUAGAAGCCUAUGUUAGUGGUUGCAACAUAUGAGGGCCAAUUUAGAACAACAAAGAACGUAGAAUUACAUAGGCAUAGUCCUUGACUUUGAUCAAUAGUUAGUGUAGAUGUGCUUUGACUUUUGGAAAUCAUGAGUUCCCUUGACUAUGAUGACUUGAGCUUUCAUCUGAUUAUUAUGUGUGUACUGAAACACUACCGAUGUCGAAGUAAUGAAUUCUCCUAUGCUUU